AUGGUCGUACGCUGCUCGUGCAUUUCCCAGAAAAUGACUAUGCGCAAAGCUCGCCUCCGGUCCGCUCCACAGGCCGCAGACACGCGUCCGUCUCCGAUCUCCUCUGCAGCUCCGCUCGGCUGGGCGACCGCUGCACCCGCUCCUCGUGCGCCGUACAGAGGGAACGAGGGGCCGCGCCUCAGCUGCCUCCAGCGGCACGCCGACCUCCUCCGCUCGUCGCCUCGUCCCCGACCAGCUGCUCCGGGCCUCCUCCCGCGCUGCCCCGCACCCGGCCACCGCCCAGCCGGCUUCCCCGCUCUCGCCGGCUCCCCCGGGCCGGCUCGCUGCGUCCGGCUGCACUCUGCCCGGUUCAGCUCCGCCUCCCCCUGCCGGAUCGCCGCCCCAUGCCGGCCCGGCCGAAUCCUCCGCCUCUGCCCGAGGCCGAAUCUUCCGCCUGCGCGCCGCCUACAGGCCCGCAGCGUCGGCUACGGCUCCCCGCCACCCGGCCUCGCCGCGCCCGCCUGCUCCCUCGGCCGGUCUGCCACCAGCCGGCCUCGCGAGCGCCCGCUGGCUCGCGCUACAGCCGGAUGCCCGCCUGCCGCACAAGAGAACCCCCGCGCCUCGCUCCCGUUUGCGGAGUGCGCUGCGCCCGGCUGGCCGCGCGCCGGUCUCGCCUCGCUCCGGCCUUCGGCUCCGGUUGCUCCCAGUGGGAGCCCUGGCCGUCUGCAUGGGCCCGCGCUGGCCAACUCCCCCGACCGCCUGCCGCGCCCGCCUGCGCCGACUCCCGCGACCCGGCCCCGCAUGCUCCCGCGCACCGGCUCCCUCGCCGCUGUGCCCGGCCGCCUCCUGCAGCACCCGGCCGCCGGGUCGCCAGCACCCUCGCCCGCCGGCUCCUGCUCCAGACGCCACCCGCCGGCUGCCGCCUCGCAGCUGGUCGGCUGCUCAGCCAGCCCCUGA